UACCUUUUUAAAUUCGAUCAAGAAGGGAGUAUGUUGACAGUUUGGAUGACUCUGACGCUCUAUUUAAGCAUUGGCUAUGCAGCAAAUCGUGACGUUAGGUUAAAGGUUAAUUGUUCGACUUUGCUUAACAAGCAGCUGUUCCAUCUUCAUUCAAAUCUGUGGAAUGUGUCCAAGUCAAACGAGGUUUUUCUUAAGGAAAGCGUCUUCCUAACCACAUUUGAAACAAGAUGUUCUAAUGAGAGGUGCUUAACACGGACUUCUAUGGCAAAACAUGCUCCAUUACCUAAAUCUUGUCCAAAAGGGUGGACAUCAAGAAAGAGUAGUUGUUAUCGAGUAUUCUACAAAAAAGUUAACUGGUUUCAGGCCCAGAUGAAUUGCCGAAAAUCUGAUAGCACCCUUGCUCACAUUGAGGAUGACCUUGAAAACCAAUGGUUAAGAAAACAAUAUCCUGAUAUCAAAACAGAAACAUGCAUUGAUGCCGUAGAUUUAGGAAAAGAAGGUCAAUGGAUGUGGUUCUCAUCCGGAAAAACCGCAACCUAUCUCCCUUGGGCCAGUGGCGAACCAGACAAUCAUCGAUCGAUUGAACACUGUGCAGUUAUCUUUAAUAAAGGCCAAGAAAAAUGGCAUGACUCAAAAUGUCAUUACAGCUUUUACUUCCUUUGUGAGAAAAAAAUAAAUUAG